AACAAAAAUAAAAAUAAAAAUAAAAAUAAAACUAAAAAUAACGAGGAUGUAAAAGCCCUACAAAUACAAUACAAUUUGAUAUACGCUUCAAGUGGUUCUCAAAAUGCUCCCCGCUUCCUCAGCUCAACUUCGAACUCUCCAUUCCUCAGUUUCCCGUUCACUCUCUCCCAGAAUCCGAUCUUACCUCUCUCAAAAUCCGAUAUUGUGCUGCAGAAUAGCUUCCUGUGGUUUUGCGCCGACGUCCAUCCGUUCAAUUUCAUCGGCUACAACCACCGUAAUGGCAUCCGCAGAGGAAGCUAGAGUUCCACAUGCAAUUCCGCCGCCAACUCCUCCAGUUACCAAGUUCAAGAUUGCACUUUGCCAGCUAGCGGUUACUACUGACAAGGAAAAAAACAUUGCUCAUGCUCGUCAAGUAAUUGAGGAUGCUGCAGCGAAGGGUGCUCAGCUGAUUCUUCUUCCUGAAAUAUGGAAUAGUCCAUAUUCAAAUGAUAGUUUUCCAGUAUAUGCAGAGGAUAUUGAUGCUGGUGGUGAUGCAUCGCCUUCAACUGCAAUGCUAUCUGAACUUUCUCGUAGUCUAAAGAUCACAAUAGUUGGUGGUUCCAUUCCCGAACGAAGUGGUGAUAGAUUGUAUAAUACUUGCUGCGUCUUUGAUACAGAUGGAAAACUUAAAGCUAAGCACCGGAAGAUUCAUUUGUUCGACAUUGAUAUUCCUGGAAAAAUGACCUUCAAAGAAUCAAAGACUCUUACUGCAGGGGAGACUCCCACCAUUGUUGACACAGGUGUUGGACGUAUUGGUAUAGGCAUUUGUUAUGACAUUCGAUUCCAAGAGCUAGCAGCAAUAUAUGCUGCCAGAGGUGCCCACUUGCUUUGUUAUCCAGGGGCCUUUAACAUGACUACUGGUCCCCUUCACUGGGAGUUAUUGCAGCGGGCGCGGGCAGCGGAUUGUCAGCUGUAUGUGGCAACUUGUUCACCAGCUAGAGACACUGGUUCUAGUUAUGUGGCUUGGGGGCAUUCUACUCUUGUCGGGCCGUUUGGUGAAGUUCUUGCAACCACUGAACAUGAUGAGGCGAUAGUCAUAUCCGAGAUUGAUUAUGCCCUUAUUGAGCAAAGAAGAACGUUCCUCCCAUUCCAGAGGCAGCGACGAGGAGACCUCUACCAGCUUGUUGAUGUCCAGAGGCUUAGCUCCACAUGAACCAGUUAGGGGUGGAAGCUGGUAACGGAAACAGCACAACCAUUUCCACCAUACUCCAAUGUUUAUGGAUGAAGCCAAAAAAUGCAGCGCAAUAAAUGCUCGAUUGCUGCAGCAUAGGCAUUUUGUUGAUGUCUAUCCCAACUCUGAAUGCUUCUUAUUUUCCACUUCCCAUCAAUCCAUGUGGGAAAACUGGCUGCCUCGACUUGAAAUAGAAGUUUAUAGCUCCAUAGGCUUUUGAUUGUAGAUGGUGGUGGGGUUGAUGGAAUGUUCACUUGGCACGGGACAUGAUUUCGUGCUCUCUCAUGAUACUGCUGGCUGAUGCCCAAACUGCUCCAUUUCUCGAUUUAAUUCACUGUCUGUUACCUAACAAAAUAUUGCUAAUGUGUAGGAUACCAUUCGAAUUCAAUUCUGUCUCUACUUAACAACGGCACUAGCCUUUUGGACCA